AUGGAGCAAGGGAUCAUGCCCAUCUGCGACUUGCCUGCUUGUCAAUAUGGUUCAACACUGCUGCCCAACUCACCACCUCAAGGUUGGGACUUUCCUGUUGGAAUAGACCGGUUUAGUGGUGUUCAGAACGGGCAGAACACAUGUUUUCCGUCUCAACUAGCCACGUGUCGGUCGCCCCAUCAAACAGUGUCUUCAACCUCCCAGCAACAGCCGAAUUCUAGAAAGAAAUUAUCUAGGAAGAACGGGGGCAAGUCUGUUUACAAACACAUUCCUCAUCGAGAGAAACCUCCUCACUUAGUGGCCAGGCGGAAUGCCAGGGAGCGACGGCGCGUCCAGGCCGUGAACAACGCUUUUGCUCGACUUCGUAAGUGCGUCCCUGUUGAAAAUAAGAGCAAAAGAUUGUCCAAAGUAAAAACGUUACACAGAGCUAUCGAGUACAUUGCUGCACUCCAAGAAAUGCUAGAAGAGGCGGAAACAGUCCAGACAUCUCCUAUGGACCCACUUCAAAGCUUAGAUGAUUUGCUGGAUGCCGCAGAAGUAGAAACAGUAAACAAAGAAAAUGAUGCUAGCCAACGUUGGAUCACGCUGGAAAAUACAUGUGGGCAGGAGAGUUACAACCCGUACAUGACAUUCUACGAGGAUUAUGGCUCAACACUGCACAGCUAGCGUGCCAACCUCGACCUCACAAAUUGUGUUCUAAGCCAUCAACCGCUACAGCUUUAGA